AUGGGCGAUUCGCUGCGCUUCGAUGGUAAGGUGGUCGUCGUCACCGGUGCCGGUGGCGGCUUGGGCAAGACCUACGCUCUGCUCUUCGCCAGCCGUGGUGCCUCUGUUGUCGUCAACGAUCUCGGCACCUCGCACACUGGCGAGGGUGCUGGCUCGAAGGCCGCCGAUCUGGUUGUGGAGGAGAUCAAGAAGGCUGGCGGCAAGGCUGCUGCCAACUACGACUCUGUGGAGAACGGUGAGGCCAUCAUCAAGACCGCUAUCGACAACUUCGGUCGUGUUGACAUCGUGAUUAACAACGCUGGCAUCUUGCGCGAUGUGAGCUUUGUCAAGAUGAAGCAGGCCGAUUGGGACCUCAUCUACAAGGUGCACCUCCACGGUGCCUACUCGGUCACCAAGGCCGCGUGGCCCUACAUGAGGGACCAGGGUUUCGGACGUGUCAUCAUGACCUCGUCUGCCGCUGGUCUGUACGGCAACUUCGGCCAGGCCAACUACUCGGCCAUGAAGCUCGCGCUGGUGGGCUUCGCCAAGACGCUGGCUGCCGAGGGCAAGUCGCGCAACAUUCACGUGAACACCAUUGCCCCCGUGGCCGGUACCCGCAUGACCGCCACCGUCAUGCCUCCUGAGCUCAUCGAGGCCCUCAAGCCCGAGUUCGUCUCGCCGCUCGUCGCCUUCCUCUGCCACGAGUCCACCCCGGGCAACUUCUACGACGUCUCGAAGGGGCUCACCCCCGAGGCCAUCCGCGACAACUGGGCCAAGGACUCCAAGCAGGCGCCUUCUGCUCCCGCCGCCAAGGCCGCCGGAGGCAACGAGAACGUCGAUCCCUCGCAGGUGGUCGGCUUCGAGUUCCCCGUUACCAAGGUGCAGUACACAGAGAAGGAGGUGAUGCUCUACGCCCUGUCCAUCGGCGCCGCCAAGAAUCCCACCGACCCGGCCGAGCUCAAGUUCGCCUAUGAGAACAGUGAUGGCUUCUCGGUGCUGCCCACGUUCGGCGUGACGUUCCCCAACUUCUCGAACGUGCUGAGCAUUCCUGGCCUCAAGUUCAACCCGAUGAUGCUCCUCCACGGCGAGCAGUACCUCGAGAUCCGCAAGCCCAUCCCGGUCAACGCCACGCUCACCAACCACGGCCGCGUCAAGCACCUGUACGACAAGGGCAAGGGCGCCCUCCUCGUCGUGGAGGCCGACACCAAGGACGAGAAGGGCGAGGUCGUCGUUCAUAACGAGAGCUACCUCUUCAUCCGCGGAAUUGGCGGUUUCGGAGGCGAGAGGGGUCCCUCCGGCAACGAGAACCAGCCGCCCAACAGGGCUCCGGACGCGGUCCACAAGGAGAAGACGAGGGAUAACGAGGCCCUCGUGUACAGGCUGGCGUCGGGCGACAUGAACCCGCUGCACGCCGACCCGUCGAUGGCGGCCAUGGGCGGCUUCGAUCGGCCCAUUCUGCACGGUCUGUGCUCGUUCGGCUACGCCAGUCGGGCCGUCCUCAAGCACUUCUGCGACAACGACCCGGCCAACUUCAAGGACGUCAAGGUCCGCUUCUCCAAGCACGUCUUCCCCGGCGAGACGCUGGUGACGGAGAUGUGGAAGGAGGGCGACAAGGUCAUCUUCCAGUGCAAGGUUGAGGAGCGCGGUGAGUACUGCAUCACCAACGCAGCGGUGACCGUCUCCUCGGCGGCCUCGUCGUCGUCCGCGAGUGCUUCGGCCGCUGCUGCCGCCGCUUCGUCGGCGCCCGCGUUCAAGGCCGAAGCGGUGCUGAACAACCUCAGCAAGCUGCUCGACGUGGCCGGCGAGGCGGUGGUCAAGAAGGUGAACGGCAUCUACCACUUCCACAUCACCGACGGACCCAACGGUGCCAAGGAGUCGUGGGUGGUCGACCUCAAGACCGGACCCAAGGGCACCAUCACACGGGGCGCGCCCACCAAGCCCGUCGGCGUCACCCUCACGCUGGGCGACGACAGUUUCCAGCAGCUCUUCAGCGGCAAGCUCAACGCCCAGCAGGCCUUCAUGCAGGGCAAGCUCAAGAUCAAGGGCGACAUGGGCCUCGCCACCAAGCUUGGUGAGCUCAUCAAGCAGCAGGCCAAGCUCUAA